AAAACAAUUUUCUGCCCCCGAGAUAAGCCAGAGACUUUUUUUCUCAGGUCCAGGCGUCUGCUGAUCUGCAUAUACCCCACACUUUCCUUAGGCUUCUAAACAAAAGGGAACUCUUUCCCUCAGUGUCAGUUCGCUAGCAAAGCGGUGUCUGGCUCUAACACCGGGAAACACUGCAGCCGGUGAUGAGUAUGUCAGUUUUAAUUCAGAGAAAGAACUGUUUCCUUCUCUGCCUUAUGGGUGUAAUCGGGGAGAGGGGAAGAGUAAGAUCUGAAAUUGUGAGAGAUGCUAAUCUCUAUUACUGUGUACGGUGGGAGGUAUAUUUUCAAAUAACUUCCACUUGGACAAUGGGUAACUGUAAAACAUCCCUACAUUUAAAGCGGUAUUUCCCAGAAAACACUAAUAUGGCAGGGUGGCCUCGGGGAAGCAUUAAGCAGGAGGUGGAUUGACCUUUUAAUUCUCGAUCGGUGACCUGAAGGGUACCCAGAGGCUGCUAAGCACAUCUCUUCCUUUUGGUCUGCUCCAGAAAGAGCUGUCAUCGCAAGAUGCAGCUAGUGAGUGAGGCUCACGAUUUCGCUGUUCAUCCGUUUGCGGGAGGGGUGGGGGAGGGAGAGAGGAAAAAAAAAAAUAUAUUUCCCACACUGCCAGAGUAAUGCCAAACUCUCUGUGAGUGGGAAGAGCAGAGCAGAUGCUGGAAUGAGAUGCCAAAGCAGCUCCCCUUUCCCCUGCGCUUUUGGGUGCCUAUAAAUUGCUCCAGCACGCUCGUCAGCCUCCUCCUCUCCUGGCAGGUGGCACCCGGGCAGGAUCCCGCUCUCCCUCCGGCUCCGGCUCAGGCUCCGGCGCGGCGGCGCGGGUUCUCGGCGGCGGGCACCGGGGCAGCCGCGGGGCGGCCGGGAGGCGCGUCCCCGCUGAGGACAGUCGUCUCUGCGAAAAAAACAACCCAACAAAAGGGAGCGAGCGAGCGAGCGAGGCGGCGAGCGGGGCGAUCGCGAGAGGAAAGGCAAGUUCCUGGAAAAGUUGACUCGGACUGGCACAGCCUGCAAAAAAAAAAAGUCGAUCGCCAGCGGGAGCAUAAAAGUGCGGGCGGCCGGGGCGCGGCGGCAGCUCUCCCUCUCCCUCCCGCCCGCCCGGCGGCUGCAGCGGCCGCAGCGGAGCGCCGCGACCCGCCGGAGCCCCCGCCGCCACCGGCAGCGGGAGGGCGGCCAAGCCCCGGGGGAGCCGAGCUCGCGCGGGCUCGGCGGUUUUUCGGCUCUGAGGAGGUUCCCGACCAACCAUCAAGAUUUUGUCCAAAAGCAGGCAAGAGGAUCGCCCUGCGCUGAGCCGGCUGGUGGGCAGCAGGCGGCGGCUGAUCGCGGCCGGCGCGCUGGGGGUGGUGAUGGUGCUGCUGCUGGUCAUCCUCAUCCCGGUGCUGGUCAGCUCGGCCGGCACGUCGGCGCACUACGAGAUGCUGGGCACCUGCCGCAUGGUCUGCGACCCCUACGGCGGCACCAAGGCGCCCAGCACGGCGGCCACGCCCGACCGCGGCCUCAUGCAGUCCCUGCCCACCUUCAUCCAGGGGCCCAAGGGGGAGGCCGGCCGGCCGGGCAAAGCGGGGCCCCGCGGCCCCCCGGGGGAGCCGGGGCCGCCCGGCCCGGUGGGGCCGCCGGGUGAGAAGGGCGAGCCGGGGCGGCAGGGCCUGCCGGGCCCCCCCGGGGCGCCGGGGCUGAACGCGGCGGGGGCCAUCAGCGCCGCCACCUACAGCACCGUCCCCAAGAUCGCCUUCUACGCCGGCCUCAAGCGGCAGCACGAGGGCUACGAGGUGCUCAAAUUCGACGACGUGGUCACCAACCUGGGCAACCACUACGACCCCACCACCGGCAAGUUCACCUGCUCCAUCCCCGGCAUCUACUUCUUCACCUACCAUGUGCUCAUGCGGGGCGGCGACGGCACCAGCAUGUGGGCCGACCUCUGCAAGAACAACCAGGUUCGAGCUAGUGCGAUUGCUCAGGAUGCCGAUCAGAACUACGACUAUGCCAGUAACAGCGUGGUUCUUCAUUUGGAGCCAGGAGACGAAGUUUACAUUAAAUUAGAUGGAGGAAAAGCACAUGGAGGAAACAACAACAAAUACAGCACAUUUUCUGGAUUUAUUAUUUAUGCCGACUGAUAAUGAGUAAAAAGACCCACCAAACCAGUCCAAAAAUGAAGCUUGCUCUUCUAAGCAAUGGAUUUGCGUGGCAAAAGUCAAUGAAACAAGCACCCCAGCAGAGAGCAACCACUGAACACCUCAGUAGCGGGGGGAAAAAAAAAAAGUCAAAUGCUACCUGAUUCACAUCUGUACAACACAGAGAAACCUUAUGUUAAAAAAUUAUAAAACAAGUUAAACAGAUGUGUGAUCCACUACCGCCAAAGCAAAUACUUCCUCAUUGUUAGUGUCCAUGUGAAUGAAGUCCUACAUAGGUCAAAUUUUUAUAGGAAAAAGCCCCACCUAAGGACGCUGAGUUACUUCUUCAGUGUAUAUGAUACUUCGAUGUGUUAUGAUCUUGCUGCUUUAUCCAUACUUCAGCUUUGGUUCUUGUGACUUGCUAACAAUGAUGCUUGGAGUCCACUCAUAGUGUGGUGAGGAAUGAUUUUACAAUAAAAGAAAGAGGUAAUCAAAAUAUA